AUUUAUUUUUUAAAAAAAAUAUAUGCAGAACAUUUUACUCGAUAUACAGUCGGAAGCCUUAACCUAUUUCGCUCUGACCAUGUAAGCUGUCGUUUAUGGAUUACUACACCUUUGCCAAUUCUGUUUUCAACCCUGGUAACAAAAAACAACAACAACCAAAAGUCUCUUAUAGCAGAUUAAUCAGAUCUCAAACGUCAAAAUUAAAACUCGGCACUCUAUUGCAAACAAACAAAUAGCAUUCCUGAAAGAUGCAAUUGGAUAGUUUGUAUGGUCAAUAGUUUUGGUUUCUAGUUUUUGCAAUGUACUUCUUGUACGCGUAACCCUAACCUUCUUGUCCGCAUGCAAGAAGAAGAAAUGUAAUUGUCUUCUCUUGCAUACUAUUUAUAUUCCGUAUUUAUAUUUCCUAUAUCCACAAUUGCUGUGAAAUGAUGCAAAUGUCUCCAUUGUGGUACUAAUAAAGGUGAUCUUAUAUUACAAAUAUUUAUUAAUCAUAAUGUACUUUUAACCUGCCCACAUUCUGGAGUAGUGUGUGUCGCGUAUAUUGGUGUUAAAGAAAAACAUAACGUGUUAAGGGGUCGAAGAAUAUCGAUUGUGUUCACCUUCGUCACCAGAGUUCCGUUUCAAGUGAAACGGGCUAAUGUUCCAACUAACGAUCUUUAGUUGGUAUAAAAAUAGGGCACCGCAUUGUUGAUAGAGCUUACAAUAGGACAAAAUGACGAAAAACGUUGUGGAUCAAUCUUUUUCUGAAAGAGUUGCCACAGUUAUGUAGAAUUAGUUCUCUAUGACAGAGGCCAAUAUUUCAAGACUCAAACACACACGGUGCACAAUAGGAAGUUUACUAUAAAGAAUUUUAUCAGCUACCGAGAAAUUUGGGGACAAAUACAAAAUGAUUUCACACGAAAUCAAAAACAAGCAUACGUAACACAACAAGAUAUAGCGUGAAUGAAUUGAAGCGUGCUGACAGAGAAUAAAGUUGGGACUCGUGUGAGAGGGCUUCCACAAUGAAGCCUUUGUCAAUUUGAGGUUUUACGAGGGUGAGCGAACGAGCUUCAUCCGGGUUCUAGUGUCCAUUUGAUUUGACAGACAUCCUGUGAUGUGGGUCUCAUUCAAAGAAUAGGCCAGUCUUUGUGUUCGUACGGCUCAAUAUCCGUUCCACGUGUGCAGUGACUUACUAAUUCAUUUCCGGUUCAGACGUGGCGUCAUGUGUGGAUGUGCAUUAGUUUAUAUUUAUAGCUCUAAACACUUAAUUGCCCUAUUUUGUUGUUCAAAGUUGGUUACUUCCCGCGAAAACACAGUUCCAGCCAGACCUAUGUGACAAGUGUAUAGUUUAACCAUAUCACUUAUUUCGAUGUUUUGCGACUGCAUAACAAAAUAGCUGAGCAAUUAGCAUGGCUUUGACAUCGUCAACGCUAUCCACUCCGCGGCCUCCCUUCGUGACACAUUGGUAAGAAGCAUGGUAAGAAGUCUAUGAAGUAAUACUACAUAUUAAAUCUUACUCACUUCAGUCUGUUUCAAUACUUUUGCUCGCCUGAAAUAGUGUUUUGUGUUGCAAAAACAGUAAUUCUAUCUCAAGUUGUCUGUCAAAUGUAGGCGAUUCUUAAGCUGGCAAUCUCUUUUCUCAUACUCAUCUUUAUAUGUCAAACCCAGCUGUCAUCGGGCAGGAGGCGGGGUACACCCUGAACUGGUUGCCAGCCAAUCGCAGGGCACAUACAAACAAACAACCAUUCACACUCACAGUCACACCUACGGGCAAUUUAGAGUCUCCGAUUAAUGCAUGUUUUUGGGAUGUGGGAGGAAACCGGAGUGCCCGGAGAAAACCCACGCAGGCACGGGGAGAACAUGCAAACUCCACACAGCCGGGGCCGGGAUUGAACCCGGGUCCUCAGAACUGGUACAACAUGAUCCAUUUCACACCUUUGCAGACGCUAGGAGAAUCCAGGUCAUGUUACUCCUUGGAAGACCAGCUAACCUUUAGCCCUGAGUUCAGCCCAGAUGGCCAAAACUAUAACUGGACAGAUGUGGGGGCACUUGUGGAGAAGUUGAAGGCAGAAUGGAACAUACUGUGUAUUACUGAUGUGGUGUACAACCAUACUGCUGCUAAUAGCAUGUGGAUCAGGGAGCAUCCAGAAUGUGGUUACAACCUGGUGAACUCUCCCCAUCUACGUCCAGCCUGGGUCUUGGACAGAGCUAUCUGGCAUUUGACCACCAGGAUAGUAGAAGGAAAGUACAAGGACAUUGGCCUUUCUGCUCAUAUCACCAAUGAAAAUCAUCUGAAUGCGAUCCGAAGUGUGCUGUGGCAGGAUGUGUACCCUCGAAUCAAACUGUGGGAGUUCUACCAGGUCAAAGUGGACAGUGCUGUGGAGCAGUUCAGAAAUCUCUUACGAAAUGGAGUGAAACCAGACCAUAGUAAGACUGGAGGGACAAAAGGCCUCAUCAUCCAGGACCCUGAUUGGGGACGUUAUGGCAACACAGUGGACAUGAACUCUGCUCUUAAAGAAUUUGUACCUCACAGUUCUUCACUUCAGGACAUAGAGCAGUGCUGCGAUUUGUUGCGACAGAAACUGAACCAGCUUAAUGAGGAACAACACGACAUUGUGCAUCAGCAUCAAGAACAGGCAGCCAACUGCAUUGUGGGAAAUGUUAUGUAUGAGCGUCUGGCAGACCAUGGACCUAAAUUAGGCCCUGUUAGCAAGAAGAACCCUCUUGUUACCAGGUGUUUCACCUUCCCAUUUCAAGACAUGACACUAGAGCAGGAGAUGCAGAUGCUGGAUGAACCAGACAAGACAUGUCACUUCCUUGCUCACAAUGGUUGGGUGAUGGGGGAUGACCCGCUGCGCAACUUUGCAGAGCCAGGGUCAAAUGUCUACAUUCGCCGGGAGUUGAUAUGCUGGGGCGACAGUGUCAAACUUCGCUAUGGCAAGGGACCGGAAGACUGCCCUUAUCUGUGGGCUCACAUGAAGAAAUACACUGAAAUAACUGCCAAAUAUUUUCAUGGAGUCAGACUGGAUAACUGCCACUCUACACCAUUACAUGUCGCCGAGUUCAUGCUAGGUGUGGCUAGAGCAGUGUGCCCUAACCUGUAUGUGGUGGCUGAACUCUUCACUGGCAGUGAGGAACUGGAUAACAUCUUCGUUACAAAACUAGGGAUUACAUCACUGAUACGAGAGGCCAUGUCAGCUGGUGAUAGCCAUGAAGAGGGCAGAUUGGUCUAUCGGUAUGGUGGUGAACCAGUUGGAGCUUUUGUUCAGCCUAGUCUCCGCCCACUGGUGCCCUGCAUUGCCCAUGCCAUGUUCCUUGAUGUAACCCAUGACAACGAAUGUCCUAUACAGCUGCGUUCAGCACUUGACUCUCUUCCAAGUUCUGCUAUGGUCUCGAUGGCCUGCUGUGCUACUGGCUCUACCCGAGGAUAUGAUGAAUUAGUACCCCAUCAGAUUUCUGUUGUUAAAGAGGAGCGUUUUUACCCUAAGUGGAACCAUUCUGCCUCCCUGACUUCCACUAGCGAGGUUGGACCCCAGACCGGCAUCAUUGCUGGGAAACUGGCACUCAAUAAGUUGCAUCACGAACUCGCUGCUCAGGGGUUCAUACAGGUCUAUGUAGACCAGGUUGAUGCAGAUAUUGUUGCUAUUACUCGUCACUGUCCCAGCACCCAUCAGUCAGUGGUGGCAGUGUGUAGGACAGCUUUCAAGAACCCUAAAACACACCAGUACAGCACUGAUGUGCCACCAAUGUUUAUACCAGGAAAAAUUGAAGAGGUAGUGUUGGAGGCCAGGACAGUGGACAGACAUUCUGGAAGCUUCAAAAAGGAUGACAACUACAUCAAUGGCAUGCCUGAAUACUCAGUAGAGAUAAAAGAGCAUAUUCCAUUACAGGAGAGCUCAGUGGUGAACCAAGCCGGUGUGACAUCUAAAGGUCGAUCAGAGUUUGUCCAGGAAAUCAGCUUCAAGAGACUGACACCAGGAAGUGUCAUUGCCUUCAGGGUUAGUUUGGACCCUAAAGCCCAGAAGUUGGUUGGGGCACUCCGGUAUUUUCUGUCACAGUUUAGCCUCAAAUACAGAAAAGGCAGUCUUGCAGAUGAAAACCCAGCAGAGGCCCUGAAGAUGCCCUUGGCACAGCUGAUGUCAAAGCUAACACUAGCAGACAUGAAUGUCCUGCUAUUUCGCUGCGAUUCAGAAGAACAAGAGGAUGGCGGAGGCUGUUACAAUAUUCCAGAAUGGGGAACCUUCAAAUAUGCAGGCCUACAAGGUCUAAUGUCAGUUUUGGCUGAUAUUCGUGCCAACAAUGACCUAGGCCAUCCGGUGUGUUCUAACCUCAGACAAGGAGACUGGCUAAUGGACUAUAUCUCCAAUAGACUCAUACAUAGAGAAGGACCUCUGGCACAGGUUGGACAAUGGCUGGAGGCCAUGUUUACUUAUCUGAAGCACAUCCCACGCUAUCUCAUUCCCUCUUACUUUGAUGCAAUCCUUGUAUCAACUUUCACCACAGCUCUGGAUGCAACUUACAAGCUCAUGUCAAGUUUCGUUCAGAGCGGCUCAAGCUUUGUGCGACACUUGGCAUUGGGUUCUCUUCAGAUGUGUGGAGUCGGACGCUUCCCUACUCUUCCUCCUCUUUCGAUCAAAAUUGAGAAUGUUCCGUAUUGCAUCAGCCCGAUAACUGGCCAGAAGGAGCAGUGCUGUGUGACAGCGGCUGCAGGUCUUCCCCAUUUCUGUACUGGAAUUUUCCGUUGCUGGGGCAGAGACACUUUUAUUGCUCUCAGAGGACUGAUGCUGCUGACUGGGAGACACACCGAAGCCCGAAACAUCAUCUUGGCCUUCGCAGGGACAUUGCGUCAUGGUUUGAUCCCAAACCUGCUGGGAGAGGGUCGCUUCGCCAGAUACAAUUGCCGUGAUGCUGUAUGGUGGUGGCUGCAGUGCCUCCAGGAUUACGUCAGCCAUGUUCCCCAAGGGCAUUGUAUCCUCCAGUCUCCUGUCACACGCAUGUACCCGACCGAUGAUAGUGAGCCCUGUAUACCAGGAGAAGUGGAGCAGCCUCUGUAUGAUGUGAUCCAAGAGAUUCUGCAGCGCCACCUUGAGGGAAUUUCCUUCAGAGAGCGAGAUGCUGGACCCAAGAUAGACAUGAACAUGAGAGACGAAGGUUUCAAUGUGGGUAUUAACGUGGAUCCUGCAACAGGCUUUGUCCAUGGAGGAAACCGUUUUAACUGUGGGACCUGGAUGGAUAAAAUGGGAGAGAGUGAGAGAGCAAGAAACAAAGGCAUACCUGCUACUCCCAGAGACGGAGCAGCUGUGGAGAUAAUUGGUCUCUGUAAGUCAACCAUCCGCUGGAUUGUGGAGCUACGUGUCAAAGGACUGUUUCCUUAUGAUGGAGCCAAAGUACACAGAAAUGGUAAAGAGGUGUUUAUCUCAUACACCAAAUGGAAUGAACAAAUCCAGCAGUCCUUUGAUCCUUGUUUCUGGGUGUCUGGCGAGCCAAUGGACCCCAAUGAGAAGCAUUCUGACCUUGUACACAAAAAAGGUAUCUAUAAGGACAGUUAUGGAGCAUCUAGCCCCUGGUGUGAUUACCAACUGAGACCAAACUUCACUAUCGCCAUGGUAGUGGCUCCAGAACUUUUUGCAGUGGAGCGAGCCUGGAAGGCUCUUGAAAUGGCUGAGGAGAAAUUACUGGGACCCCUUGGGAUGAAAACCCUUGACCCGGGUGAUAUGGUCUACUGUGGUGUGUAUGACAAUGCACUGGACAAUGACAACUAUAACGUGGCAAAGGGCUUCAACUACCAUCAGGGACCGGAGUGGCUAUGGCCUGUUGGAUACUUCUUGCGUGCUAAACUGUACUUCGCCAGAAAGCAAGGCGAAGAAACCUAUGCGAAGACCGUGACCCUGGUCAAAAAUGUUCUUUCACGACAUUAUACUCACCUGGAGAGGUCUCCGUGGAAAGGUCUGCCCGAGCUAACGAAUGAGGAUGGCCAGUACUGCCCCUUCAGCUGUGAGACUCAAGCGUGGUCUUUGGCUACUGUGCUGGAAGUACUGUAUGACUUCUAGAAAACUUCUCCAAGGCUCUGUCCAAUGUCUUUGAUGCUGUGCUACAGUUGAAAUGUGUAUUAAAUUUCAUUGGUUUGGCAAUGUAUUGCAUGUUGAAAUUAAUUGAAUUCCAAAAAUGUCAUACUCGUACGAGAAUUUAUUUCAAGGUCCCUCCCUUAUUUUGCAAAACAAGUUUUUCUUGGAUUCGGGAUGUCAUAUAUUGUCUCUAUGGUGCCUCAGUAAACGGGAAAUCUGAAUGAAAAUCAUCUCCGCAUUCCUGAGUCCCAGAUAUUUUUCUGGUGACAGGCCUGGAAUGUGGUCAUUUGAAUUUCACAAGCUUAUCUAUGUCACGAGUGAAGAUCUCUGCUCCUGAGCCGGCACUGUCAACAUAACGAACACGUGCUCUCACAAGUGGGUCUUUUCGGAUACAAAACUGGCUCAGACAGAAGUAGCUUAUCAGAAGAGGGCCUUUUCGGGACACUCGUAUGACAAAACCAAUGUGUUCUUGAAAUAUAAUUGACACUUUUUUACAAAGUGUGUAGUUUUUAUACUACAUGUUAGUCACUCUAUGGAGGUUUACAUAGCCAAAAUAUGGGAUCUUUAAAGUGUUUCUCAUUAAAUAAAGUUACUUCAUGUGGGUGGGUACACCUUUCCACCCCAACCCUAACCCGUUGAGAUGAGUCGUUGCUGUCCCAGAUCUUGCCACGCAUUUCAUUAUUUGAAUGUCGAAGGUCACAAUGGCUGUGUGAAUGCUCAUUUGGGUAAUGUCCUGCUUCAGGGAGUUCUGUCUGAAAGGGACAAGCGACCAAUCCAACGUGCCGCCAAUUUGCUGGGAAGAGAGUGGAAAACAGAAUAGAAUAGAAAGUGUUCCAUGUCAUAUGUUGCAGAUGCAACAAAAUAGGGUGCAACUCCAAGCUUGUGUUUCAAGAAUAAAAAUGACAAAAGAAAACAAAUCAAAUAAAAACAAGACUACAUUAUGCUGUUCAAAUGACAGUAAGGCACAGUGGAAUAAUGUUAUAUGUGUCCGCGUGGGUAGCAGAGGAGUUUUUAAAAGUUAAGAAAACACAUGGUAGCAAUAAUGGGAGACGGGAUUGUGUUAGUUGUGAGUUCCGUGCAAUGAUGGCUUGUGGGAAGAAGCAAAAUAAGAAUUUGUUCUGAUGGACCGGUAGCAGCUGCCAGAGGGCAGCGGGUCAAAGAGGGGAUGGCUGCGUGGAUGUUGAAACCUGCGAUUGCUUCAGUUCAUCUGAGGGAGUGCGGGACAUGGACCGUAUUUUCAGGACCAUAAGGUGCACCGUAUUAAAAGGUGCAGUCUCAGUUGUGGCGCCUAGUUCUGUAUGUCACACGGCAGCAUUGUCGGAGUCCAGUCUCGUCGCCGCGCGGCUCCUCGGAAAUGAUGCCGGCUUUUACGAAAGCUCGAACAACGGUGCGAGCAGACACGUUAGCCCAAGCAUCCGCGAUCCGUUCACAAAUUGAAUGGUGCUACCUCCUAAUGUUGGGAAAGCUGUGUUUGCCAUCUGUCACCCAUGGCUCCCAUGCUGCUCGCAACUUCGCUUUGAACGUCCUGGUUAUUGCCCUCAGUCGAAUGGUGACUAGAGACGCUUCUCCCUGCUGUUCUUUGCUCAUUAGUCCAUUGCUUGAGUUGGUCUUCCAACUUGGGCCACCUUGCCUUGUUUCCGUGGAAACUCAGCGUCAUCUUCCUGCUUCCUCCACUCGCGAGCCAUGGAUUCGUCGCUGUUGAAUUCUCUCGCGGCUGCUCGAUUCCCAUUUUGCUCCGCGUGACUGAUAGCUUGCCGUUUAAACUGCGCUUCGUAAGUGUGUCUCUUUGUCGGUGCCAUUUUCGGGAGUCCUUUGCCAAACCGAUGCACAUACCGGAAACUAUAUACCUACUGGGGGUGUGUCUUUAGCGUCCUCCGUCAUGCGCGCCCUUCGCGGCCGUCCGCAUGCUGUCCUGACUCAUGUCCACCUUCCCCGAUAUAAGCAGUGCGUCGGCAGGAAAUGCUCCCAGUCGUUCAAGUCACACAACAACAUUUACAGAUUUUGGAACUCGGUGCACACACACGGCGCGCUGUCCAUUUUGGAGAAAAUGUAAGACUUUUAAGUGCGCCUUGUGCUUGUGAAAAUACGGUAUAUGUCCUUCAGGAAAUGGAGGGGACAGACGAUAAUCCUCUGUGCUGUCUUGACCACUCUCUGGAGCCUCUUUGUUCUACCUCAGCGCAGUGGGAAAACCACACAGAGGGGCUCGUGACAGACAGACAGACGAACAUUUACACCAAUGGUCAAGUGACUAAAAUAGAGGAUUGACCUGAUGACUAACAAAAAAAUGCAGUGAUUUACAUCUGAUAAAGAAUAAAUCUAAGAAAUACUGCUUGGGAAUCAUCGGUCAAUUUGUGUUCGCACAUUUGUAUCCAAUGUCCUCAUCAGUCGUCGGUCUCUUGUUGUCCUCGUCUCUGUUUAAUUCUACGACUAGCCAUUUCUUGCAAAGGUAAUGUUCACACACGGACUGAACAACUCAGCCAAGCUUACCUGUAAUGUACUGUAUUGAAUAAUGCAUUAAAAAAUUGAA